AUGGAAUAUGCAUUCGGGAACGUCUCCUGUCCCAUAAUAAACGCCGGUAGUGUUGGAAACGUCAGCGAUGCCACUGAUGCCGGCCCGGACGAUAUCCUUGGUCCUCGGUACCACAAGAGAGUUCGCAUCGUCAUCAUCAUCGUCAUGAUAGUUGCGUCUGUCGCCGGAAACAUGGUCGUUUGCUGGAAGCUCGUCUUCAAGCGGCGUCACAGGCGCGUCUCCAAGGCGAGAGUGUUGUUCCUGAACCUCGCGAUCGCGGACGUUCUGGUGGCUUGUAUCACGAUGACGUCGCAAGUGGUGUGGGAGGUGAUGGGCCGUGUUUGGAUAGCCGGUGAUGUUUUCUGUCGCUUCUUCAAAUUUAUGCAGACGUUCGCGCUGGUCUCGUCCACUUACAUGCUAGUGACCAUCGCGGUGGACAGACAUAUCGCGAUCGCCACGCCGCUGGCGCCCAGCCCGGACCCCUGGAAGUUGGCCGCCUUGACGUGGCUGGCUUCGUGCAUGCCGUCGUUGCCGAACGUGUACGUGUUCCACAGUGUGGAAGUCGCGCCGGGGAAGUGCUUCUGCGCGUCAAUCUUCUACGACCGCGGCACGCCUCUAUACCACCGCCAGAUCUACAUGGGCUUCGUGUUCUUCAUGGUGUUUGUGGCCCCACUUGUGCUGCUCUUCACAUUCUACACGGGAAUCCUGUGGACGAUAUGGAAGCACAGUUCCAGAAGCAGCAAAAUGGGACAGCAGACAAGCUCUUCACUGCCGCGUGCCAAGGUGGAUGCUGACUUGCACAAUGGUCCUGUCCCCGAUAUAAUGCAAACUGGCCACCCUAAUGUAGUGAAAACGGAGGUCCUUCAAGCCGGCAGGUGA